AUGAAGUUCUCUGCUAUCCUUACCGGCUCCCUCUUUGCCACUGCCGCUCUGGCUGCUCCUCUCACUGAGAAGCGCCGUGCUCGCAAGGAGGCCCGCGCCGCUGCCAAGCGCCACAGCAACCCUCCCUACAUCCCCGGUUCCGACAAGGAGAUCCUCAAGCUGAACGGCACCUCUAACGAGAAGUACAGCUCCAACUGGGCUGGUGCCGUUCUGAUCGGCGAUGACUACACCAAGGUCACUGGCGAGUUCACUGUCCCCAGUGUCUCUGCUGGCUCUAGCGGCUCCAGUGGCUACGGUGGUGGCUACGGCUACUGGAAGAACAAGAGACAGUCCGAGGAGUACUGUGCCUCCGCUUGGGUUGGUAUCGACGGUGACACUUGCGAGACCGCUAUUCUCCAGACUGGUGUCGACUUCUGCUACGAGGAUGGCCAGACUUCCUACGAGGCCUGGUAUGAGUGGUACCCCGACUACGCCUACAACUUUGACAGCCUCUCCAUCUCCGAGGGUGACCAGAUCAAGGUCACUGUCGAGGCCACCAGCAAGAGCAGCGGUAGCGCCACCGUUGAGAACCUGACCACUGGUCAGUCCGUCAGCCACACCUUCAGCGGCAACGUCGAGGGUGACCUUUGCGAGACCAACGCCGAGUGGAUUGUUGAGGACUUCGAGUCUGGUGACUCCCUUGUUGCUUUCGCUGACUUCGGCUCCGUUACCUUCACCAAUGCUGAGGCCACCAGCGGCGGCUCUACUGUCGGUCCCUCUGACGCCACCAUCAUGGACAUCGAGCAGGACAGCACCGUCCUCACCGAGACUUCCGUCUCUGGCGACAGCGUCACUGUCAAAUACGUCUAA